AUGCAGCGGACCGUGUUCGUGGAGCGCCGCGCGUCGCGCACCGCCCACCAUCUCGACGACAUGACCGCGCGGCUCGAGGCGGGCGACAACCUGAUCCUGUUCCCGGAGGGCACCAGCAACGACGGCAACAGGGUGCUGCCGUUCAAGAGCGCCUUCUUCGGCAUCGCCGAGAAGCCGGUCAGGGGCAAGCCGCUCGUGGUUCAGCCGGUCUCGAUCGCCUACACGCGGCUGAACGGGAUCCCCAUGGGGCGGCCCUACAGGCCCUUCUACGCCUGGUACGGCGACAUGGAGCUCGCCAGUCACCUGUGGACCGUCGCCGGCCUCGGCAACGCCACGAUCGCCAUUCAGUUUCACCCCCCGGUGACCAUCGAGCAGUUCCGCUCCCGCAAGGAAAUGGCCGAGGCAUGCCAGAUCGCGAUCGCCGACGGGGUCUCCCGCGCGAUCAGCGGCAAGCUCUCGCCGCCGAUCAGAAAACGCUUCUGGGCACCGAGACCCGCCUGA